UUCCCCGAACUACCGAGCCUGACAGUCUCUCUCUCUUCACUGUUAAAGGACCCCACUUCAUUUCUUUUAACAAACUCCAUCUCCAAAUUCCUCAAACGGAAUCCCAAUUCAAUUCCAAUUCUUCGAUGUUCCAUUAACCAAACCCUAAAAUAUGAGCUCCACCAACAGCACCGCCAUCAAUUCGAAUUCCAAGAACGGCAUCAAUCAAGAUCCAGGCUCCUACUUCAUAGACGUAGCACGGCAAUACUCAUCACCAAUUGGUGGAGAAACAGAGCUUGAACCAAAGGAGUUAAACACGUUGAACAGCUCUGGAGGGUUUCUUGUUGUAUCGACUGAUAAAUUGAGUGUUAAAUACCCAAGUGUGAAUCUUCAUGGUCAUGAUGUUGGUGUUAUUCAAGCCGAUAAACCGGUGCCGGAUAAACGACUUGUUUAUUAUUUUGAGAUUUUUGUAAAGAAUGCUGGUGCUAAAGGACAGAUUGCUAUUGGUUUUACUAGUCAGGGUUUCAAGAUGAGGAGACAACCUGGCUGGGAAACAAACAGCUGUGGAUAUCACGGGGAUGAUGGGAAUCUUUAUAGCGGACAUGGGAAGGGAGAGACAUUUGGCCCAACGUUCACGACCAAUGAUACAGUUGGUGCUGGUAUCAACUAUGCUUCACAGGAAUUCUUUUUCACUAAAAAUGGAGCGGUAGUUGGUGGAGUGUACAAGGAGAUAAAGGGUCCGUUGUUUCCUACUGUUGCUGUUCACAGCCAGAAUGAGGAGAUUGAAGUCAACUUUGGGCAGAGAGAAUUUGCCUUUGAUCUUAAGGAAUAUGAAAGACAAGAAGCUAUGAAGCAAAAAUCGACAGUUGACAAAAUAUCUUUACCGCCAAAUAUUAGUUAUGGACUUGUUCGCUCCUACUUAUUACACUAUGGCUAUGAAGAGACACUCAAUGCUUUUGAUGUGGCUAGUCAAAGUACUAUCCCUCCGAUAUGUAUAGCUCAAGAAAAUGGUUCUGGUGAACAGGACAUUGCAUAUGCUUUAACACACAGAAAAACUCUUCGACAGCUAAUCAGAAAUGGUGAGAUUGACGCUGCACUCAGUAAUCUUCGUGAUUGGUAUCCCCAGAUAAUGCAGGAUGAAAAAUCAGCCGCUUGCUUUUUGCUUCACAGUCAAAAAUUUAUUGAAUUAGUCCGGGUUGGGGCACUAGGGGAUGCUGUCACGUAUGGAAGGAUUGAAUUAGCAAAGUUCUUUAAGCUGCCCCCGUUUGAUGAUCUAGUUCGGGAUUGCGUAGCCUUACUGGCAUAUGAACAGCCACAAAAGUGCUCAGCUGGGUAUCUUCUUGAGGAUUCACAGCGUGAGAUUGUGGCUGAUGCUGUAAACGCCAUGAUUUUAUUAACAGAUCCCAACGUGAAGGAUUCACAAAGCUGCUUGCGAUCACAUCUGGAGAGGUUGCUCAGACAGCUAACAGUUUGCUGCUUGGAGAGAAGGUCCUUUAAUGGGGAUCAGGGUGAAGUUUUCCACCUGCAUAGAGUGCUUUAAAAGUGGGGAGAGGGCCAGGUGCCAACUUGUAUAUUUCUUCAUUUUGGCGCACCGUUCGUAUGGGUAGUUGGCUUUCCCUCGCUGCGAUUCAAGUGAUCUGAUUGGUCAAAGUGUCAGUAUACCUGCUAGAUGGCCUCUCGAUGCUUGACUGAUGCAAUAAUCAGAUGCUGUGGGGAUUCUCUACUGGCAAAUUUAACCUGGGAUGCAAAACUUUAAUCACGCUAUAAACUGUUGUCUCAAUGCCUGCAGUCAGAUUUCACCCAGAAGAUGUUGCUUUCGCGCUUUACUGUAAAUAAUUUGACAUACAAAUGCACAAUUUGUUCAAGAUUUUUCAUUUGAUUCUAAAGAAGACACUGAUGGUCUUUUCAUGGGAAA